CAUACCCAAGCCUGAACCCGCGGUCUAAUAACAAAGCUACGCAUCGCGGCCCAAAUUUAUAACAUCACCCGUUCAUCGUCUUCCAAUCGCUCCGUUUUACAUUAUUCUACCGGAGAUUCCGCUCACACUUCGCCGGCAGUCCUUCUCCGACGAAAACUUUCGCAUCGUUGAAAGAUAAUCUACUGUGGAAAUGUCGGAAUACGAGAAUGUUGUUGGAGGAAAGCUGAAACUAAAGGGUAAAGCUCUUGAUGUGAAAGCUGGUGGUAGCAAGAAAAAGAAGAAGAAGAAGACCAGAAGUUUGUCUGAUCAAGCUAUCCAAACAAUUGAGAAUGAAAUUUCUGAAGGCACGGGAACGGUGGAUGAGGAAGAGCUGAAUGAUGGUUCUAGUUCAAAAGCAAAAGGCGGUGCACAUGUGGAUAGUUUGACUCCUGCAGAGAAACGUUAUAUGGAGCAAAGGCAGAAAAUAGACAUGCAGAAAAUGGCCAAGACGUCCAAUAAGUCGCAUCGUGACAGGCUUUCAGAGUUCAAUCAGUAUCUUGCCAACAUGAGUGAACACUAUGACAUUCCAAAAGUCGGUCCUGGCUAAGGCUAACCUUGAUUUGAACUGCUGCUACCGCACCAUGUCUUUCAUGAAUUUCUGUCACUGCUCAUGGCUUGUAGUAAUACAAUCUCUAUCCUACAUUUGAACAAGUUAUUUGUUUCCUUGAACCCUAAACUUGUGAGCAUGCGAGUUUGAUUACAUUAGUCCAGUUGCUUGUCUUCAUAAAUAACUUUGUGCGACUUUGAACCAAGCAAAAGCUAUGGAAUCAGGAUUUUCAUUA